UGUAAACAAAGGAGAGAGCAGUUGAACGGCAGCGACCCAGCCGAGGGUGAUACUUCGUGAAUGUUCGUAUCUCGACAAACGCGUCCGGAUCAGAGGCUGACUGUGGGGAAAAAGCCACUCUGAAGCGAAUGAAGAAGCAUCUAAUCUUUCACUUCACAUACAGAGGACUUCUAACGAGAGGAAAAAAGAGUAAAAGAAGAAAAUGGAGUAUAAAUUACGAAAAGCUGAACCCAGGGACGUGUCUGAUAUAUUACGACUGGUGAAGGAACUUGCAAAAUACGAAGAAAUGGAGGACCAGGUGACACUGACUGAAAAAGAACUCCUGGAGGAUGGAUUCGGUGACACCCCGUUUUAUCAUUGCAUCAUCGCUGAAAUCCAAGGAGAGAACAGCAGUGACGAUGCAAAGGUGGUGGGUUUUGCCAUGUACUACUUCACUUAUGACCCCUGGGUUGGCAAACAGCUCUACCUGGAGGAUUUCUACGUGAUGGAGGAACACAGAGGGCUGGGCAUCGGUUCGGAGCUCCUGCGGCACCUCAGUGAUCUGGCAAUGAAGACGCGCUGCAACGGCAUGAUGUUUGUCGUCGCGGAGAACAACGAGCCGUCCGUCCAGUUCUACAAGCGGCGCGGUGCUGAGGACCUCUCUCAGGAGGAGGGCUGGAGGCUCUUCAGGUUUGACAAGAACAGCCUCGUCAAGAUGGCCACUCCAGCCGAGGAAUGACAAGAGGUCCGGCGCAGACCGGAGGCGGGAGGCGAGGAAACACGAGAGUCUGACCAGAGGCGGAGGGAGAGUUUGGCUGCUUUUUCUUGACGAGUCAUUUUUAUUGAAUCUCUGAUGUUGUCGCCACUUUAACUGUCCGUCAUGUGAGAUGUGAGAGUACACAGUGGUGGCAUCGCAGCAGCCUGCUCGGGAAUCAGUCAGCCUCUCUGCAUCUGACUCCUCAGAUUUUCUCUCCAUUCAGACAAGGGUUGAUUCAUAGGCGUUCAGCUUUUAAAAAGGGGAAUUCAGUAUCACAAUAAUGUUUCUGUAUGUAGUUCACAAUCUUAGUAAGCCUUUUGUUUAUUGAAAAUAUAUCUCUGAAUCAUUCUAUGUUUAUUCUAACCUUUUCAGUAACUAUUAUUUGUUAGUAUUCGAUGUGCAGGAAGAUCACUUAAGUUUGAAAUAAAACUGAUCACACAUGU